AUGGAGCCCUACGAGGAGGACGCGCAGGAGAAGGCAGACGUCGACGGCAAGGAGCCCCUGUUGAUUCAGCGGCUGCGGCGCCUCAGCUUCGCGGCCUUCGGUCACAUCCGCGAGUUCGCCAACCCCGUGGAACUCCACGAGGUCUCGCAGGACGCCUACGCGCUGGCGCUGCAGCCGCUGCUCAUCCGACUGCGCAUCCUCGGCCCAGACCACCCCGACACCGCGUACUUCCUUCGCUAUCGCGGCGCCACGCAUGCCGACAACGGAGCCAUGUCCCAGUGCCUGGGGUUCUGGCGCUACGCUGUCCAAUUGCAGCGCGUCUUCCUCGAGCCGCUGUGCUUCAUCGCGCAGUCAGCGUUCCUCGGCUUCGCGGAGCUAUUCAACGUCAUCCUCUCCAACCGCUACUCCGGUCUGCGUGCCGUCCACCUCCAGCCCCGUCUCAUCCUCGAGUGCAUUGACGCCAUCAUCGACAAUAUUGAGAGGGGUAUGGAUUACUCCUACGAGGUGUGGAACAAGCGGAAGCCGUGGUCGUACUCCACCGCGGACAAGGAGGCGACCAACUUCCACCGACAGAUCCGUGCGUGUCUGCAUUUCAUCUCACUCACCAUCUUCUACUUCUGCUCGCCGAAGGCGGAUCCGCCACCGCAGCUUCACUCGGCGCGAGUCGCUGGUCUUCGGAGGGAGGUCUACCGGCCGGAGGCGCGACCGCCCUUCUCCGGUGCCUACCCCACCGUCCAGAUGGACGACGCGGGCCCCCUGGGCAUCUUCAUACCCUCCAGAUCGGAGCACGCGGAGAUGCGGGCGAUGAUGACACCGCGCCUGCUUGAUCGGUUCUACCGACAGGUGAACCGCCUGGUGCGGCUCAAUCCGCGUGUUCGCGACGGUCAAACUCUCGUCCACUUGGCCUGCUCCUCCACCAAGGUGGUGCGCUGCGACCUCUUUCCGCUGCCGCACGCCGAUCUCAUCCGUCUGCUGUGCUACCUGGGCGCCGAUCCAGAUGCCAUCGACGCCAACGGCUACCGACCCAUCGGCACGAUCCUUGCUUCGCGCUCCCUCCAGGACAACGUCAAGGCCGAGAUCAUCGCCACCCUGGUGAGAGACUGUGGCGCGCACUACGACGCCUCCGUGAUGCCGCCGACUUGGUUGCAGACAAGCCGAGAAGGCGACACAGACUCCGCGGAUGUGAAGGCGCUGCGGUGGCCGUGGGGCGCAGCAUGUCAGACGGUCGUGUCGCUGUCUGGCCUGCGCCCCGCGGCGCUGGUGUCACUCAAGUGUCUCGCAACCCACGCGCUGCCUCCGGCCGCUCGAAACUGCCCAACUCUCUUUCCUGAAGCGCUGUUGACCUUCGUGCGUCUUCAUCACCACUUAGCCCAAGAUGAAGGAAACCCACGCCUUCACGAUUGUUGUCUGCCGUCGUGUUCUGCUCCUCCACCAACUGUCCGUGGAUCAGUUCGUCUGCGUACGCAGACUCUUGCAGAAUCCGCAUCUACGCCGUAG